GUUACUCUAAGCGUAAGGAAUACGUAGGAUUCUUCACAAAGUCGGCGAACUAAGGCUCUGAAAUAGACGAGAGGCAGCCCCUCGAGUUAGGGAGUUAUAACUGCGCAGGGCAUAUCCGUGCUCGUCUUCAUCGUGGCGGACAAGCUGACGCCGGAUGAGAUGGAGGCACUCCGGCUGUACCUGGAGUGGUACCUCCUUUGCUGCCGUGUGCCAGGGCACACAGAGGGCUCUCUGCUGCAGCUCGAGGGCUCUCACUUCUCCCCCUCUCCCAGCCACGAUUGCGUGCCUGCGAUAGUGUUCAACUCAAUGCAGCAGAGGUCAUGGCCGAAUUGGGCGAUUAUGAGUCAUGAAGAGAUUGAUGGGGUGCUGGUGAUGUAAAACUACCAGGUGACGAGGCAGCAGAGAAACAAUAGGGAGGUGGAUCGCUUGAGGAACUGUAAAACCAAUGUGUGUAUUUAACUUGGACACUC